AUGCGAUCGCUGUUUCAGCCCCAGUCGGCGCCCCUGGGCACAAUUGCAGCGACCUUGUAUGCCUCAGUUGCUCUAAGCGUGCCGGGAGUGUCUGCGAAGGCUUCUGACGUUCUGGAUUAUGUUGAUCCCUUUAUUGGGACGGCCAAUGGAGGCCAUGUCUUUGCCGGAGCGAAUCUCCCGUUUGGCAUGGCCAAAGCUGUGGCAGAUACCAUUGGCGAGAACCAAGCCGGAUUUGCCUGGGACGACAAGUACGUCUACGGAUUCUCGCACAUGCAUGAUUCGGGCACGGGAGGUUCCCCAUCACUGGGCAACUUCCCAAUUUUCCCUCAAGCGAGCUGCCCCAACAACGACAUCAACCAAUGCAAGUGGCAGAUGAACGACAGAGCGGCGGCUUGGUCGAACUCCUCAGAUGGGGCCCAGGCGCGUCCGGGAUAUUUCAGCAUUAAUUUGGAGAAUGGAAUUCAGGCCGAGAUGACCACGACUAACCGAUCGGCCCUAUAUCGGUUCACUUUCGAUGGCACGUCGUCUGAAUCGCUCAGCCCUGUGAUUCUGGUGGAUCUGAUGGAUUUGCCGCAGUCACGCCAGAACGGAACUGCCCUAGUCGACCCAUCGACGGGACGGCUCACCGGCAAUGGCACAUUUAGCCCAAGCUUUGGUAUCGGCACUUAUGACAUGCACUUCUGCGCGGACUUCAAAGGAGCUGAUGUUCGCAACACUGGUGUAUGGGUGCAGAACCGAGCGAAUACCACCCGAAAGUCAGUUUCGCUUACUCCGGAUGGAACAAACUCGCCGGCCACUCUCUCCGCUGGUACAUUUGUCCAGUUCAACAGCCCUGAGGAUAACACCAUUCUGGCUCGCGUCGGCGUGAGUUUCAUAGGUGUUGAUCAGGCUUGUGCCAAUGCCGAAAAGGAGCAACCGAACUUUGACUUUGAAGGCACAGUAUCGGCCGCCGAAGCUGCUUGGCGGGAGAAGUUGAAUGUUAUAACUGUGGAUGCGGAAGGAGUGUCCUCUGAUCUUCAGACAGUUUUCUGGAGUGGGGCCUACCGGGCUAUGAUCAGCCCACAGGAUUAUACAGGGGAGAACCCUCUGUGGCAGAGUACCGAGCCGUACUAUGACAGCUACUAUUGCAUCUGGGACUCUUUCCGCAGUAUCCACCCACUCCUGACUCUGCUGGACCCUAUCUCGCAAUCCCGAAUGAUGCGCAGUCUGGUUGAUACCUACCGACAUGAGGGCUACCUUCCCGACUGCCGUAUGUCGUUGUGCAAGGGCUUCACUCAAGGCGGAUCAAAUGCAGAUGUCGUUUUGGCAGAGGCCUAUCUGAAGAAGGUCCAGGAUAUUGACUGGGAUACUGCUUACGAGGCCGUGGUCAAAGACGCCGAGGUGGAGCCUGCGAACUGGAACGUUGAGGGACGCGGUGGUCUUCACAGCUGGAAGAACCUGGGUUACAUUCCCACCGACGACUAUGACCCGUACGGCGUGGGUACACACACUCGCAGUAUCUCUCGUACCGUGGAAUACGCCUACAACGAUUUUUGUAUCUCUGAGAUGGCCAAGGGCUUGGGCCAUCAUGCUGACUACGAGAAGUAUACGGUUCGCUCUGGCAACUGGGCCCACAUGUUCAAGGCGGACCAAACUUCCAACAUCAACGGAACCAACACUGGCUUCACCGGAUUCUUGCAGCCCAAGUAUACGAAUGGAACUUGGGGCUACCAGGAUCCGAUCUUCUGCAGUCCGUUGCUCAACUUUGACUCGUGCUACCUGAAUCCCGAUGGACAUGAGACCUAUGAGGGCAGCGCCUUCCUCUACACCUUGUAUGUUUAUGGCUUCCCCAUUCCCCCGUUUUGCAAUCAGCUCACUGACCUGUCUCCGGCUAGUUACGCGCCCCAUGACAUGGGAUCGCUUAUCACGGCCCUUGGUGGCGCCAAAUCCUUCACGAAUCGGUUGACCUACUUCCAUGAGUCCGGGCUGCUCUAUGUAGGCGACGAGCAGGCAUUCUUGACCGUCUUCCAGUUCCAUUACUCCGCACGCCCCGCCCUUUCUGCGGAGCGCAGCCACUACUACAUUCCCUCGCAGUUCAACACCACAGUUGCGGGUAUUGCAGGCAAUGAUGAUAGCGGCGCCAUGGGGUCGUUCGUCGUGCUCAGCAUGAUGGGUCUCUGGCCUGUGCCUGGACAGGAUGUAUACCUCAUCACGCCACCGUAUUUCAAGGAGAUUAGCAUCCGUCACACUGUGACCGGCAAUGUGGCGACGAUCCGCAACAUUAACUUCGAUCCCAGCUACAAGAACAUCUACAUCCAGAGUGUUAAGCGGGACGGCAAGCCCUGGACUAAGAAUUGGAUCAGCCAUGACUUCUUCCUUGAAGGCGGCGUCCUUGAACUUGAGCUGGGCUCGAGCGAGAGCGCGUGGGGCACGCAUGUGGAGGAUCUGCCCCCGAGCCUGGGCGAUUAUUCCUCUUAA